AUUCAAACAAAAUUGUCGCAAGUCAAUAUCAUCAUCGAUCUUGACCGUAGUAACGAUCGCAACUCGACCCGCACACUAGUUAUCGUCUAAGAAGCCGGCCCCGGAAUGUUGUCCAACGCUUGGACGUAUACCGUCCAGGACGCGCUCGCUCACUAUGGCGUGAGCGAAGAGAGCGGCCUGGACGAAUACCGUGCGAGGGAGAAUGCAAAGCUCUACGGCAAGAACGUUCUCCCGGAAGAACCGUCCUCGUCGCUGUUCUCCCUGAUCCUCGCUCAAUUCCAAGAUCAGCUCGUCCUCAUCCUCCUCGGUUCCGCAGUCGUCUCGUUCGUGCUCGCCUGUUUCGAGGAUAGCGGCGAGUCGGGUGGGAGCUGGGCCACGGCAUUUGUCGAACCGCUCGUCAUCUUCUUGAUCCUCAUCGCCAACGCCGCCGUCGGAGUCGUACAAGAAUCGAACGCGGAAAAGGCCAUCGACGCUCUCAAGGAAUACUCCCCCGAUGAAGCCACCGUCAUCCGAUCAGGUCGUUCUUACAAGAUUCACGCCUCGGAGCUCGUUCCCGGCGACAUCGUCUCGGUUCAUGUCGGCGACAAGGUCCCUGCCGACUGUCGAGUCUUGAGCUUUUCCAGCAGCUCGUUCCGCGUGGAUCAGGCGAUCCUCACUGGAGAAUCUGCGAGUGUCAGCAAGGUCGUCGGCAAGGUCAAGGAUGAAAAGGCUGUCAGGCAGGAUAUGACCAACAUGUUGUUCUCCGGUACCACGGUUGUCAACGGGGCCGCUCACGCGCUCGUCGUCUUGACCGGUCCGCUCACCGCCAUCGGAGCCAUUCACGAUUCCAUCGCUUCCCAGGUCGUGGAAAAGACCCCCUUGAAGAAGAAGCUCGACGAUUUCGGCGACUCGCUCGCCAAGGUCAUCAGCGUCAUCUGUAUCCUCGUCUGGCUGGUCAACAUUCGGCAUUUCAACGAUCCGGCUCAUCACGGCUGGAUCAAAGGGGCCGUCUAUUACUUGAAGAUUGCCGUCGCGCUCGCUGUCGCCGCCAUCCCGGAAGGUCUCGCUGCCGUCAUCACCGCCUGUCUGGCGUUGGGUACGAAAAAGAUGGCCAAGCGGGGAGCCAUCGUCAGGAACUUGCCUAGCGUAGAGACUCUCGGAUGCACCAACGUCAUCUGUUCGGACAAGACGGGAACGUUGACGACCAACCAGAUGUCGGUCGCCAGAUUCUUGACGGUCGACGAAUCCUCCUCGCCUCUCCGUGAAUAUCUCGUCUCUGGCUCGACAUUUGCGCCGAACGGGACCGUCACCUCGCCCGACGGUCAUCACGCCGAGAAACACAUGAUGAGGACGGCUCCGGUCGAUCGAUUGGUUGAGAUUUGUUCCAUCUGUAACGACGCCAAGGUGGCUUACAACGACGAGAGCAGGGUGUAUACCAACCUCGGGGAACCGACCGAGGCUGCGCUCAAGGUGCUCGUGGAAAAGCUCGCUACGAACGACGAAGCCUUCAACUCCACCCUCGGGGCUAUGCAUCCUUCCGGCCGAGUCAACGCUGUCAACACCUAUUACGAGAACCAGAUCGAACGUCUGCUCACUUUCGAGUUUUCGAGGGAUCGAAAGUCCAUGUCGGUGCUCGUCAAGCGGGCUGGGCAGACGGUACUCUUCGUCAAGGGAGCGCCAGAGACGGUCAUUGAGCGAUGUACCUCGGUUCAUACGCCCCACGGGAUCCUGCCCAUGUCGGACCAGCUCCGAGAACGGUUGGCCCAGACCCAGUUGGAAUACGGUCGACGUGGGUUGAGGACGCUGGCGUUUGCGUUUGUGGACGAGGCGGACCCGAACGUGGAUCAUUACAAGACCGAGAGCUCGGCGGAUUAUGUUGGUUUCGAGCAGAACAUGACGUUCGUAGGGCUCGUGGGGAUGCUCGAUCCUCCUCGUCCGGAAGUCAGGUCGGCCAUUGCCAAGUGCAAGGCCGCGGGAAUCAGGACGAUCGUUAUUACAGGGGACAACAAGAAUACCGCCGAGACGAUUUGUAGGGAGAUUGGGAUCUUCGGACCCAACGAGGAUUUGACGGGCAAGUCGUAUACGGGGAGGGAACUAGACGAUCUUUCACAUCAUCAAAAGGUUCUCGCUGUUCAACGGGCGAGCCUGUUCAGCCGGACCGAACCCAAUCACAAGAGCCAGCUCGUCGAUCUCUUACAAGGGCUCGGCAUGGUCGUCGCCAUGACAGGAGACGGAGUGAAUGACGCUCCCGCACUGAAAAAGGCCGAUAUCGGGAUCGCCAUGGGCUCCGGGACAGACGUCGCCAAGCUCGCUGCCGAUAUGGUUCUGGCCACCGACAACUUUGCUACGAUCGAAAAGGCCGUCGAAGAAGGUCGAGCGAUUUACAACAACACGAAGCAAUUUAUCCGGUACUUGAUCUCGUCGAACAUUGGAGAGGUCGUCUCGAUCUUCUUGACCGUCUUGCUGGGUAUGCCCGAGGCCUUGAUCCCCGUGCAGUUGCUUUGGGUCAACUUGGUCACCGACGGUCUUCCUGCCACCGCGCUCGGUUUCAACCCUCCCGACCACAUGAUCAUGAAGACGCCUCCCCGAAACGGAAGGGAAGCCCUGGUCGGACCUUGGUUGUUCUUCCGAUACAUGGUCAUCGGAAUCUACGUCGGUGUGGCGACCGUGUUUGGUUACGCUUGGUGGUUCAUGUUUUACGAAGGUGGACCUCAAAUCACUUGGCAUCAGCUCACCAACUUCCAUCAAUGUUCAUCGAAGUUCCCUGAGAUUGGCUGUCAGAUGUUCUCCAACGUCGACUCGAAGACGGCAACCACGAUGUCAUUGUCCAUCCUUGUCGUCGUCGAGAUGCUCAACGCCUGCAACUCGCUGAGCGAGAACGAAUCCCUCUUGGUUCUGCCUCUUUGGUCCAACCCGUACCUCGUCGCGUCGAUCGCGCUCUCCAUGGCUCUCCACUUCUGCAUUCUCUACGUCCCUUUCCUUAGCUCCUUGUUUCAAAUCACCCCGUUGAACUGGCAGGAAUGGAAGGCGGUACUGUGGAUCUCGGCGCCUGUUCUUCUGAUAGACGAGGUGCUGAAAUACGUCUCUCUCCUUCGAGAACCCGUCUCCAAGGAAAAAGUCGAGUAAAGGACUACCCGACGACACCUUAGAGGGGGUUGGAGGGGAGACGCUUUUUAACGAUGACAUUGAUCCUGUUCCGUCGAUUCGCAUUUUUACGACGCGCCCACGAUGUCCAGGAACGAUUUGCACUAGAUGUGUUCCUUUUGCAUGUAGCAUUUCUUGUGUGUUUCAGGAGGAUUUCCAUACAUGUUCCAUGA